AUGCGAGACAAGCGACGCCGGUCCUCCCUAGCGCAGCGCUCCGACAGGAGACGUUCCCGAUCCGAGGAACGGUACGCGCCGCGCUCGUCCUCGGUGAGCUUCGAAGACACGCCAUCGGAACGUCUGCGACACUCGUCCGGGGAGUCGACGCACGAUGGCAGUAGCUCGUCCGCCGAGUACGAGAUCGUGGAGGUGUACAACGACGAUUCCGCGGGUGACGACAAGUGGGGCAAUGACAAGGAGAAGACGGGCUCUGAAAGCGAUACCUAUCAGCAGAGCCAAGCUUACAUGAUCAUAGCCGCUGUCAUGGUGGCCAGCGCCUUCCUCGGCGUGCUCAUGAAGUUCGCUUUCACACCGACCCACUCGGGACACUCCCACGGCCUCCGUAGGGUCCCCGGACGAGUGCUCGUCGAAGAGACCGACGCGACGACGCCUUUCGACAGCACCCUGACCACGACGAGGAUCAACAUCAGCGCCAUCAAAGACCUUGCGACUGAACCGAAAAGCCCUAUCGCUGCCGAGGUCACAGCGCCUGUACCUCGGAAGUCUGCUUUCACGUACGAGUGCCGCACGGACGCCUGCCUAUGGCAGAGCCGGCUCAUCUACGACAAGAUCAACCAGUCGAUUGGUCCGUGCGAGGACUUCUACGCGUACGUGUGUUCGAACCGGUGGUACAACAGUGAGCUCGAAGUUCAAAGCAGGCCUUACGUGGUCAGCGGGCCAGGGCUGCUCAUACUGGACAUUGCCAAGUUUCUGCUUCAGCCAAAAACGAGGGAUCAGUCCUCAACAUUCAUCACACAUUCUUCAAUGUUCCUUAAAAGCUGCAUUCAGGUGCGAAACUCGAGUAGUGACGAGAACGAUUGGAAAGAUAUAAAGAAAGUACUCGAGUCGUACUCGCUCACUAAAUGGCCCUUCAUGACCGAUCCGCCUACCGGCAAGUUUCAGGACGUGCUCAAGCUAGUUGACAAGAGGCUUAACCUGCUCGCCGUCGUUCACAUAACCCUGCGUAAGCGUUUCGAAAACGAAGGCUACAUGCUGCACCUAGACUCACCAAAGCUCACCAUGGUUCGCCACCAGAUGACCUUUCUUGACGAAGGAUUCCAAGAGUACAAAAACUGCAUCAAGCGCGCCUUCACGCUUCUUGGCAGCAAAGUCGAAACGGACCACAUCGCCGACGAUGUGCUCGAGUUCGAACGGAAACUCGACGAGGCGUCACUUCCUCCCAAGAGAUUCGUGUCCAUCCUCAAUUCGACAGUGUCUAUCGUGAACCUCAAGCGUGCCGGCAAGCUCGAGUGGGACGCUUACCUCACAUACCUGCAACCUGGGUCCGAAAAGGUAAUCGUCAUCAACUCGGCCUUUAUCAACAAGCUUUCCGGCAUCCUGACAUCUACAGCACUGUCGACGCUGCUGAACUACAUCGGCUUCCGAAUACUAGUACUGCUGUCGCCUCUGUUGCCCAAGCAAGCCGAGUUCCUGGUGCCACUCAGUUACGAUGACCACAUCCACAAGUACAACGCUCGUCUGCAGGCAUGCAUGCAUCUCACGGAGCGCCUGUAUCCUUACGGAAUCCGCAAGAUAGCCAGGGCCGCGAUGGGAAAGACGACCAUGGAACAGAUCGCGUACGAUCACAACCUCGACAAGAUGGUCAGCAGCGUCAAGGGAGUGGUGUCCCAGACUGUGGCUCGUGCCCCGUGGCUGACACAGACAGAAGCUGACAUGGCGACACAGAAGAUUGAAAGUCUCGAAGUGGACUUCAUAGGUGCCAAGGAACACAUGGACGCUAUCAACGCGUACUACCAGAGCAGAGUCGAGGUCGCCUUCACCGUGGAAUCGACGCUGCGCGACUACACGGCGCUGUUGAACGAGACCACGUCGCGUUACUGGCUCUCGAAGGACAACGCGGACUACGACGCGCGCUACCACGUGUCCUGUCUGAUGCCUGGGCACGAGUACAACGCGGGCAAGAACGUCCUGCACGUGCCGUUCGGCGUGGUCGCCCUCCAACAGCGCGUGGCCCAGUCGGCGAUACCGGCGAUCCUGAUACCGUACAUCGUGCCCCACCUUGUGGAAGGCAUGUACGAGGCGAUCGAUGUGCGCGGCUCGACCAUAAACGUGCGCGGCAUGCCCGAAACCUGGUGGAGCGGCGAGACGUUGGUGCGCUACCGGCAACUGCAGAAGUGCUUCACGCAGAACUACCUGGAGAGCAUUCAGCGCUUCGGCACAUUCCAGGAGUCCCCGAUGGCGCCGUUCCUGCGCAGCUUCAUGGCCGAAAUCGCGGCGCUCCAACCCUCGUUCGAGGCCUACAUCCGCGCCCUCGUGGCGCCGCACUCGAUGCAGCGAAACUUCCGGAUCCCCGGACUGCCCGACCUGACGCCCGAGAUGCUCUUCUUCGUCAACCUCGCCGCCUCCCACUGCGACCCAGUCAGCAGUCAGGGGCUGACGGCUCUGGACAAGCGCAGACUCCGGUAUCGCGUCGCGUUGCCGUCCUCGCUGAGGGUGAACAUCCCGCUGCGUCACUUCGACACGUUCGCCGAGACGUUCUCCUGCACCAGGGGCACUUACAUGAAUCCCGGCGCCAAGUGCAGGCUGUGGUAG